AUGGCGCUCGACCAGCAGCGCAAUUGGACCAUCUCCAUGGCCGAGAGCCUGCAGGCCGUGAAGAACAAGACGGCCGCCAACAAGGACCCAUCACUCGAUCAAUCAUCGCUCUUUCCAGUCCGAGACGACGACCCCAAAUCGCACAACUACCGCGCCACCGAGCCAGCAUACCUUCCCAAUGAGCUCGUCCUUGACAUCCUCGAAUAUGUCGCCAUCUCGGCCGAAGCCCAAAAGUCGCUAUACACAUGCUGUCUCUUGACGCGACAAUGGCUCAUGGCCGCCCUUCCUUACCUCUACGCAUACCCAAAGAUCUACGGCAAGAACUACGAACCCUUCUGCCGCACUAUAUGUCCUUCAAUCAACCUCCGCAUCAAAGAGAGUCCUCUGGCCGGGCUCGUAAAAGUCCUGAACCUAGGCAUGCUAGUCCACCACAGCAGCAAGAGUGUCACAGCAAGAGUCUUGCGAAGAACAGAAGGAAGUUUGGAAGAGUUUGUUGCUCCACAGGCCUCGUUCGCCCUCAAUAGCUAUGCUGCCCUGUCCAAAUCCCACAAUCUGCGCAGUCUGGACUUGUCUCUCGUUUCCGAAGCUCAACCCUUGGACAUGCUCUUCAAGUCGCUCAGAUCAUUGAAUCACCUCGAGCGUCUGCGAUUCCCGCGCUCAUCUGGCUUCGGCUCCAAUACUGUCAAUCCCGACUCGAUCAUCUGGCCACAGGCCUUGAAAGAUCUCCACAUAAGCGGUGGUAUUGAUGCGAACUUCCUCUACGGCAUUGUCCACUUUCCUCCCGCCCUGGAACGCUUGACCAUCGAACACUGCCCCCAAGCAAAAUCUCACGCUAUUCGUCAACUACUCUCCACCCUCUCGCGCGCACACCUACCUCUCAAAGCCCUCUCACUAUCACACAUGCCACGACUGGGCUCAAGCUCCCUGGAUCCCGUACUUGGCCUAUUUCCGGGCCUUGAAGAACUCAGCGUCAGCGUUGACUACAUCACUCCUGCCAUCUUCAAUCCUGACUUCCAAGAGUGGCAAUCUGAAGAUACGCCCAACUUCCUCGAUCACAAGCUACGCAUGCUCAGCUUCACCAACUCUGGCAACCCUGGUGUCGACGACAAGUUCUCGCCAAUUGAUGUUCUCCUCACACUUGACGAGGGCUCGUUUCCAAGUCUGCGCCGGGUCAAAAUUGCAAAGAGCUUGGGAUGGGAUCGUGGCGAGACCCGAGACGAGACUGAGGCCCUGAUCGACAGACUUCAAGAGCUCGGAACAAAAGACUAUGACAACAAGACGGGUGUGUACGCAAGCAUGUCUACACAGCAAUGGAAGACCGCCGACUGGAAAGACUGGGCUGGUGUUUGGAUCAUUGAUUGA